GUUAAAAGGGUGGGAGCGGCUCAGGGCCCAUCUCUCUCUCGGGUGGAGUCUUCAGACAGCUGGUGCUGCAGUCCCCAGGACCAUCCUUCUGUCCUCAGUCAUGACUUGUAAUCUGGUCGCCAGCAACCUGAAUCUCAAACCUGGGGAGUGCCUCCGAGUGCGGGGCGAGAUAGCCCCCGACGCCAAGAGCUUCGCGCUGAACCUGGGCAAAGAUGACAACAAUAUGUGCCUGCACUUCAACCCUCGCUUCAAUAUACAUGGAGACAUCAACACCAUUGUGUGUAACAGCAAGGAUGGCGGGGCCUGGGGGGCUGAGCAGCGGGAGACUGCCUUCCCCUUCCAGCCCGGAGGGGCUGCCAAGGUGUGCAUCUCCUUCGACCAGACCGACCUGACCAUCCAGCUGCCAGAUGGAUACUCGUUCAAAAGGCAGCUGCCUCUUCCCCCUGAACCAGCCUCAUUUGGCCUUGAUGCCCACCUGUUAAGUGCCAGUGACAUCAUCUUCCCCUGA